UUACACUGCUGUGUGGCUCAGUGUUUUGCCGAUAAGGGAUUUGUCGAGGUGAAUUGGUCUGUGUGCUGCGUUGUCCACCUACCUGCAUAGCAGUUACAUCUCUGAUACGACUGCCUACCUACACUAGAGAUCUUGAAAGCCAGAGUUACGGGGUUAACAUACCAGUGGAAAUCCAUCCUUACCAGUGUUCUAGAACCAUGAGCAGUAACUACAGUGUGUCCCUGCUUGGCCCGGCCCCAUGGGGCUUCAGACUGCAGGGUGGAAAAGACUUCAACAUGCCACUCACCAUCUCCAGGCUCACGGACCUGGGAAAGGCAGCCAAGGCACGUAUCGCAGUGGGCGAUGUGGUCCUGUCUAUCGGUGGCAUCAGUACUGAUGGAAUGAACCACCUGGAAGCUCAGAACAAGAUCAAGGCCUGCGCUGGCAACCUCAACCUCACCCUGCAAAGAGCCUCCACCGUCCCAAAACCUCCCGUGGCCCCGAAGGUCGAGCCAUCAGAGAUCAUUAAGCCUGUGGCUAUUAUCAGCCACCACCCCCACCCCCACCACCAUCCCACUGAGCCCACCAGUCUUAUCCCCAGCGCCCCACACAACAAAACUGCCCGGCCCUUUGGGGGCUGCGGGAGAGAGGACAGGGACUCCCCCAUCGCACGCUCCCCCCAUUCCGCCUUCAUUCCCUCUGCAUCCUCUGCCUUCACCCCCGCCACCCUAGCCCGCACUCCUCCUCCACCCCAGCCCCUCUUCCCUUUCUCCUCCUGCUCCUCACCCCCCUGCCUCCCUGCCGCACCCCAGCCCUCUGUCUAUAACACGCCCUUCAACCUCUACUCCAAUGAGAACGCCUGCGAGGUGGCCAUGGGCCAGAGGCGGGGCCUAACGGAGAGCCAGGGAGGAGCUGUGCAGUUGAACGGGGUUCCUAGGAAGCCCAUUCUGGAGACAGACAUUGAGUUCUACCACGUGCCUUCUCAUGGAGACGCCAGCAAGAAGCGCCUGAUGGAAGACACAGAGGACUGGCGUCCCCGCAGUGGCACCACCCAGUCCCGCUCCUUCCGAAUCCUGGCCCAGAUUACUGGCACUGAACACCAGCAAGCACAGGAGAGCGAUGCGGAGAACAAGACAAACAGUUCCCUUUUGACACCACUAGAGGGCGAUGGUGAUCUAGGAGAGAUUCAAGCCAUUGGGUCGGAUUGGGAAGCUAGUGAUGUCCAUCACAGUGACGACUCCUCUGCUACAGACCAAAUACAUACGGCUCCUCUCUCACCUAUUCACAGCUCCUCUCCAGUACAGCCACUGACACAUCUUUCUCCUGUGUCUGCAGUACAGCCACUACUCUCCCCAAAGCCAGUGAGGUACGGGAAUCAUACCAAUCUACUCUAUCCCAAUGUCCUUAUCAGUGUAAAGUCUGCUGCCCCCUUUCCUCUGUUCUAUGGGUGCAGGCGAGAGCUCCUGUUGAACCCACUGGAGUUCCUCCCUCGAGGUGGUCCCUGCCCACCGGCCCUCACCCCUAGUGCACCGACUCUGGCUAUACGGUCCCAUUCUACUGUUAUUGGUUUACAGGCCAGAACCCCACACAGGUCACCUGAGGGGACGGUCUCUCAGUCCCUAUUGGAUGCCUUGCUCAUUACGCCUAUCACCACCCUCCCGCCCCUCCGCUUGAGGAAGAAGAAGCGUCGGAGUGUUAGUGCCUUACACCUGCCCAACAACAAGAGAGUCUCCUGGCACCAAUCAGUCACUGAUCUGGGUGACCCCAACCUCUCCUCUCCUGUCAAUGCUGUCUAUAUCUUUAGUGAGGAGGUGGAGGAGCCAGACACCAGUUCUCACAUGUUGUCUGCAGUCAAGACCAUGACCAAAGGACCUGCUGGCAGCCCCAGCAACUCCAUCACCUUUACCACCACUCAGGGUUCAGGUUUCCCUAAACCAGGCCUUCAGACAUGUUUUGGGGUGAGGGGGAACGGCACCACCAAUGUUCUCCCUAAGGGCCCUGUCCCAGAGAGGCCGGCCCCCCAGCCCCAUCCCAAAGACCAGGACACUCUGGUGCAGAUGGCCGAACACAUUCCCGCAGGGACACGCACGCCCAUGUGUGGCCACUGCAACAUGGACAUCAGAGGCCCAUUCCUGGUGGCCAUGGGAAAGUCCUGGCACCCCGAGGAGUUUAACUGCGCCCACUGCCGGACCUCCCUGGCAGACAUUGGCUUCGUGGAGGAGCAAGGCUCGGUCUACUGUGAACACUGCUACGAGGACUUCUUCGCACCUUCCUGUAGCCGUUGCCAGAUGAAGAUCCUGGGGGAAGUGAUCAAUGCCCUGAAACAGACCUGGCACAUCCAUUGUUUCCUGUGUGCAUCGUGCCAGCAGCCCAUUAGGAACAACACCUUUCACCUGGAGGAUGGAGAGCCCUACUGUGAAAGAGACUAUUACUCCCUUUUUGGUACCGGUUGCCAUGGUUGCGAGUUCCCCAUAGAGGCAGGGGACAAGUUCUUGGAGGCUUUGGGCUUCACCUGGCAUGACACCUGUUUUGUGUGUGUGAUCUGCUGCACCACUCUGGAAGGUCAAGCCUUCUUCUCCAAAAUGGACAAGCCUCUGUGCAGGAAACAUGCACAUAGUGUGGUGAAAAUCUGAGCAAGGACAGGAGCAGAUGGCGAGAGGAGAGCUGGAGGAAGAAGGAGCAGAUGGCGAGAGGAGAGCUGGAGGAAGAAGGAGCAGAUGUCGAGAGGAGAGCUGGAGGAAGAAGGAGCAGAUGGCGAGAGGAGAGCUAGAGGAAGAAGGAGCAGAUGGCGAGAGGAGAGCUGGAGGAAGAAGGAGCAGAUGGCGACAGGAGAGCUGGAGGAAGAAGGAGCAGAUGGCGAGAGGAGAGCUGGAGGAAGAAGGAGCAGAUGGCGAGAGGAGAGCUGGAGGAAGAAGGAGCAGAUGUCGAGAGGAGAGCUGGAGGAAGAAGGAGCAGAUGGCGAGAGGAGAGCUAGAGGAAGAAGGAGCAGAUGGCGAGAGGAGAGCUGGAGGAAGAAGGAGCAGAUGGCGACAGGAGAGCUGGAGGAAGAAGGAGCAGAUGGCGAGAGGAGAGCUGGAGGAAGAAGGAGCAGAUGGCGAGAGGAGAGCUGGAGGAAGAAGGAGCAGAUGGCGAGAGGAGAGCUGGAGGAAGAAGGAGCAGAUGGCGAGAGGAGAGCUGGAGGAAGAAGGAGCAGAUGGCGAGAGGAGAGCUGGAGGAAGAAGGAGCAGAUGGCGAGAGGAGAGCUGGAGGAAGCAGGCUUGGCUAGACGGGGAACUUAUAUUAUGACUGUUGAUGGUAUUUAGAUUAUCCCCAGAACUAAACACCUCAGUCAGGGAAAGUCCAGAAGAUCAGAGGGAUCUCCAUGGAUACAUCCCAAAUGGUACCCUAUUCCCUAGGUAGUGCACUACUCUUGACCAGAGCAUGGUUGUAUCCAUGGAGAUCACUCUGAUCUUCUGGACUUUAUCUAUCUGAGGUGUUUAGUUCUGGCGAUAAAGUGUUGUUUCCUGCCUUGUGUCAAGUAUGAUAGGGAAUAUGUAGUCAUAAUAAUCAUAUGUUGGGUGCUUAUACUCCUAUUUCUAUUGUCUAUAAAUCUAUCCAUGUAUACUCCCCCCCCCCCCCCCCCCCAUAGGAGUAUUGUGCUAUUCUACCAUUCUUCUGUAUGCUGUCAUAAGCAAGAUGACUCUCGUAAUGAGACUAGACUAAAACGAUACGGUUGUUUUGUUUUGAAUGGCCAGAAUCAACGAUGUGUAUAUUUUACAUGUACAUCUCAAAGAAUACAUUGUUUUGAAAAGUGGUAGAGGGGAUAUCGUUAAAGCUAAACCAUGCUCAUGCCCAUGGUGCAUUCAACUGCUAGAAUUGGUCCCAGUUGAAAAAAUAAAUACAUGGAAUUUUCCUCCCCCCCAAAAAACAUCUGCUUUUAGAUGUGGGGGUUUGACUGCUUGAUAUCAUUUCUACCAACGUGAUAGAAUCUACAUUCAACUUAUUGUAUUACCGUUUCCAAAAGCCAAGUUGUUGUUGUUGGCUACCCAUCAUACUGUACAUGAAGGGAUUUGAGAAAUAAUGAUUGUAAAAUGAGUAUAUUUUUGAGGGGCUGUUUGUAGCCUGAGUUCCAGUCUGUUUCUGCUAUCAUGCCAACUCCUUGUAACUCAUUGUGAUGUCAUGUCUCCCUUGACAAUAUAAUUGGCAAGAUUAAAAAAACAGGCUAGCUGUUUCAUUGCCCUCGGAAAAUGGCUACACUGAGAGGAUGAGAGAAAACUGAAGAGUGAGGGGACAAAUCAAGACAUUUUCCUUAGUGUGUUUUUCCCUGAAGUCUCUUGCAGUGGAGGCUGCUGGGGGAGGAGGACGGCUCAUAAUAAUGUCUGGAACGGAGUGAAUGGAAUGGUAUCAAACACAUGGAAACCAUGGAAACCACGUGUUUGAUGUUGUUGAUACCUUUCCACUGAUUCCGCUCCAGCCAUGACCACGUGCCCGUCCUCCCCAUUUAAGGUACUACCAACCUCCUGUGGCCUCUUGGUAUUAAUCUAACUUCACUAUCACUCCGUCUCAACAGAAUUAAUAAUUGAAUCUUGUUGUUGUUGAUAUGGAUGAACGGUGCAGAGGACAAGGAGUAAACCAAGUCACAUAAACCAAGUCACAUAAACCAAGUCAUUCUAUGAUAAAAGUUUAUUUAGCUCUUGAUUUAUUAUUUAUCUUCUAUUUCACAGUUUGUUAUUAUUAAAAUGUCAGUCCAAAAGGUUAAAGUAAGGUCUUGGUCCAUACUGUAGUUCUCACAUCCUGAAAUCCUGUCAUUGGUAAUGGAGUGUAACAACCCUUCUCUUUUGACCUCAGCGGUCUCAAUUAGUAUUGGAUUGAACUGUAUGGCCUGUCAUAUGGCAUAUGUCACUGUUACAUGAAUGACUUAGCACCGCACAUCUUCUAACACUGGUUCUCACAGGGUUUAACGUUCACAUGCCUGUGUCGUGGAUACUGGCAGACACAACCCACUGUAGGCUACCGGAGUCGGCAUGUGUUCAAAUCCAACCCGCUGCCUUUCUGCCUCGCCAUCCGUACUUCAUUUCCUGUCUGUUCUUCACUAGUCUAUCUCAAUCAAAUUAUUAAAAAAAAUGAACAAAGGUAACUAAAAGAUAAGGUAAAUAACAUUCUAAUUAGGUUAUUACCCUUUUUGUGAAAAUCACAUGAGGAGGAUUACUGGUCCUGUCUUUGCAAAUCCUAUUGGUUAUCUUAACAUAUCAAUUAAGACCAUAUAUUUUAAUUAGAUUGAUGUGAAAAUAUUCCUGUAAAAGGUGCAAUACGCACCUUCAAAUAUGCAAUUCCUGGUUGCAAAAAUGAUAAUAGUUCACCUAAACAAGGUAUCAUUGUAUCUAAACUGCUGUGAAAUAUAUUUUCCAUUACCAAAAAUAGUGUAUUUUCUGCAGUUUGAAGCUCGUGUACAAAACUGAAAGUAAAAGAAGCAAAAAACAAACCAUAAGAAUGGUAAGCAUAGAAAUAACGCACAUAGAAAACAUCUAACGCUUCUUAGACUUGUUUUCAAUGAGAAUGACAGAUCUAUAACUCACAUGUCUUUGGUCGGGUUGCCCCCCAAAAAAUGACAUAAUGCAUCUUUAAAAGCAUAGUGUAGUGGAAUCAUCUUCCUGUUCAUUGUUUUAACAAGAGUCAUGUAAUCACCAGCAUGGCCCUCAAUGGGUUGUAUUUAUGUCUUCUGAAUAAAGAGAACCACAUAAUUCAAUGCAUAAUGAUGUAAACUAAAGGAAAAAAUAAACCCCCCCUGAAAUUUGA